AUGAAUCUUACAGAGAUAAACCGUACUGACGGCUGCCUUCGGUUUUCCUGUCCAGAGAGAUCUGUAGCUACUGUAAUAUAUGUGUUAUCAUAUGUGUCUGCAGCAGCUGUUGUUCUGCUUACAGUGUGUGGAAACCUGCUUAUCAUCAUCUCUGUGUGUCACUUCAAGCAGCUCCACACACCAACUAACAUGCUCAUCCUCUCUCUGGCUGUGUCAGACUGUCUGGUUGGAGUCUUUGUGAUCCCUACAGCAUUAAUUUGGAUGGUCGAGUCAUGUUGGCUUUUUAGUUCAAUUCACUGUUUGUGUUAUAUAUCAAUAUCAUAUUUUCUAACAGGAACAUCAAUAUUUAAUGUCACUCUCAUUGCUGUUGAUCGGUAUUUUGCUCUCUCUAAGCCUUUUCUCUACACUAAAACAGUCUCUCUCAGCACAAUGUGCAUUGUGGUUUUGUCUAACUGGUUUAUAUUGUUGUUUUAUAAUACAGCACUUCAGUACUUUAAUGGACACUUCACAAGUCUGGUAAUGUGUACUGGAGACUGCUUCUUAGUCUUGGAUGAGGUCUGGUCUCUGGUUGAUCUGUUGUUGACUUUUGUUUUUCCACUUUCUGUAAUAGUUAUUUUGUAUGGUCAAGUGUUUUUUAUUGCCAGGAAACAUGCCAUUGCUAUUAGAGAUCUUAAUAGUCACACCAGGACUCAGACCUCAAAGAACAUGUCAGACUCAAUGAAAUCUGAGAGAAAAGCAGCAAAAGUUCUUGGUAUUUUAGUGUCUGUAUUUGUGGCCUGUUUACUGCCAUACUUUGUUUACAGUUUAUUAGGUAAUGUAGUACAAAUUGAAGUAGAAUCAUUUCAGAAAGUUUUGGUGUUAGUUUAUAUGAAUUCUUCCAUUAAUCCAGUGAUUUAUGCCUUGUUUUAUCCAUGGUUUAGGAGGUGUGUUAAACUAAUUUUCUCGCUUCAAAUAUUCAACGCUGAUUCUGAAUUGAUAAAUGUUCAUUUAGGAGUGAAAUAG